GAAAGACCCACCAAAUCGACGAAAAUCGCCACAAAAUACGCCACUGACCUCGGCAGAUGACGGGGGAUAGUCACGGCCUUGGAAAUGGGGAUUCCCCUUGAUGUUUCUCGUCAAAGAAGAAAGGAGAUCACCUGACGCAAGCAAAAUGGGUUGCCAUUUAGCCACCAUGGAGUCGUGAAUUGAUGGAUGUGGCUGAUGCGCACUGCAAUGUGGAUUUCACAGACAUGGACUGGUGUGAAGAUCUUCAUAUUUUGAAAAAAGAAGACAGCUCUACCCCAUUCAACUGGAUAUUGCUGAAGUGGAGACAGCGUUGUUUAACGUGAAGAUGGCAAGUGAUUUGGCAGUUAGCCAAAUUUUGACAAGAUGAAACCUUUUUUCUGACUGGAUUUUUCACACUUGGAUUUUUAUUUUUAUUUUUUUACGACAACAUGGACACUGGAACACCGUUGCUGGCUGUAUAGUGGACUCGUUGAAAAAUUACACUGUUGUUUUUGGGAAACACAAAAUCAGCCUUUGUACAUUUGAUAUUCAAAUGUUGUUUUUAAAUAAAGUGUAUGUCCUCGUAUUUUUUUCCUGACUUUGUUUCAUUAGCUGAUUUAACCUGGAAAUUACAAAUGGAUACUUGGCGCAAUGUUUUGUUAACGUUGAAGUCUUGCAGUUCAGCAGUUGGUUUUAAUAUCAGUUAAUCUAUACAACAAAUCAGUUUCGUUUGCACUGACUUUGUCCCACUAAUCAUCAAGGUUUGCCAAUAUAAUUUAUAAGCUAGCGGAAGUGCUUAAGCUCCGAACUGGGUUGACGAGUUUGCUAAAGUAAUGCUGUCAUAUUCCAAUUUCCUAUAAAUGAAAUUAGCACCUCGAUUGAUAAGAUAAAAGGGUUAAUGGUCGAUUAAUCUACGCCUUUUGUGCUUCUAUUAGUCCCAUUAAAUCCUAACUUCAUCAAUUAAAAACAGUUGAAGAAAACACUUGUUUGGGAAGACAGCAUUAUAAAUAGUUAAAAGGGGAUUUGGUCUGAACAGAAAUGGUUUCCAAGGGCUCUCUAAAAUGGCUCCUGGUUGUCCUCCUUCCUGUCUGAGCAGGAAGUGAUGCAAUUGGUGCAAAAAAUUAUAUUCUUUCACAGCCUCUCAGUAUUCUUUCUACCUAAAUGAAGUAGGAAGAAAGGUGUCACUUUUCAAGGCUUGUGUUAUAUGGGCUGAAAGUAUAUGUGAGUUUAUAUAAAAGCGAAAUUUAAACAUAAUAAAAGGGGAGGGACUUAAACAUCACCUGAGUGUGGGGUAAAUGGAAAUAACGUCAAUCAAAGGCAAAGCUUUCAGAGCUAGGAAGGAGCUCUAGAUGGCGGCUGAGCCUUAGGAAGGGUGCCAUGGGCUUUCGUCAGACCGUUUUUCUUGCCUGUUUUUCGGCUGAGACCGCUUCUUUUUGAUCAUAAGUUAUGGCUCUGGUCAUACGAUCGGUGUUUUAACGGGAAUUUAGGCGUUUUGUGUGGUUUUUGGACUGUUUAUUCGAGCCGUUGGAGCCGUCUGUGCUGAGGGAGUGCUUGUCGUUGUUUUCCAUACUGGGCUCUGGCAGCCAUGGCGCGCCUCCAUUUUUAGUGUGCUGCUGCUGCUCGCCUCUGUCGCUCUGAGUCUAUGACAGUAGAUGAAGACCGUGAAGGCCUACAACGUUUUUCAAACAAGACUCCUCUUUUUCUAAUUUAUUACUAAGUUAUUAUUUUUAGUUUGUCAUUUUUUACUCGAGUCGGAUAAUUAUUUAAACUCUGUGAUACAGCGAACGUGAAUCUAAUAGUCCGUUUAUAGGCUACCACCUUUCUCCACAUUGAAUUGGUAUGUUUACAUUGUGUAGUGCCUAAAUUACUGAUUUUCUCACGCUUAAAUCUUAUUUUUCCAAACCUUCAUCUGAUGACGCAGUUACAAUUAAUUGCAUGCGGCUUGAUCCGUGGACUAUAUUGAAAGACAUACGUUGGAUAUUUACCUUAUUGUAACAGCACCUGUCAUUGUUCAUUGCUAUAUUUAAAUAAGCGAUAAAUAAUGAUCCUCAAAUCUUUCGAUUUAUUGACUUUUACUUUUCUCGUGUCGCACCGCCUUGGAUUGAACUGCCACCUGAGCAAAGGCAAUCUUGUGGGACUUGUAUGAUAGUUCAUGCUUCCUCCAACUUUUUGACAGUAAAUACCUGGACAAAAGAUCAUCCUAUCACAAAAAGAUUUUCAGGAUACUACGAUGAUGAAGACUAAAAGCAAAAAACAAGAGGAUGAAGGUUCGACUCAAAGCAAUGCAUCAAGCAAUUCAGCGUCAGAAGAAUCCAACCGCUCUGCGUCGGAGUCGGGGAGUCAGUCAGAGAGCGAGCAUGGCAGUGAGAGGAGGAGGAGAUCCCACAACUCCGAGUCAAACAGCUCCUCAGAGUCAGAGAGUCACUCAGAGUCAGAGAGCGAGUCUGCAGAGUCCAAAUCACAGCAAACGACAGCAGAGGUCAAAGACAAGCCAGUUAGAAAGAAGGAACGUCUGGCAGAUGUGAAGAAGAUGUGGGAAGAACAUCCAGAUGUGUAUGGGGUCAGGAGGUCAAAUCGCAGCAGACAGGAGCCGGCUCGAUUAAACAUAGGAGCUGGGGGUAGCAGUGACUCUGAGAGUGAAAGUCCUAAGAGGAAAACAUCACGAUCUAAAAAGAAGGAAAAUAUCUGGAAAGAUGAUGACUCAAAUGAUGAUGAAGAGGAGGAGGAGGAGGAGGAGGAGGAGGAUUCCGACAGUGCAGACAGUGAGCAGGAAGAGAAAAAAGUUAGAUCCAGACGACUUCCUGCUAGAAGACCUCAGACCAAAUCAUCAACAGGCAAAAAACAACUGUCUCAAAAAGGAAGGAAGUCCAGGAAACAGGACUCAUCUGCCGAGGACGAUGAUGACGAUGACAACGACGAUGAGGACGACGAGGAUGAGGAAGACACUCCAAAGAGACAGACUCGAAGAAGGGGAGCAACAAAAGUCAAAAGUUAUAAAGAAGACCAACAUGACUUUGAAACAGACUCUGAUGACCUGAUUGAAAUGACGGGUGACGCGGGCGAGGAGCAGCAGGACGACGACAGUGAGACCAUAGAGAAAGUGAUGGACGCCAGGACAGGCAAAAAAGGAGCCACGGGGGCUUCCACGACUGUCUAUUCUAUGGAGGAAAAUGGGGACCCGUGUGAAGGCUUCGACCCCGAGAACGAGGAGGGGGAGGCUCAGUAUCUGAUCAAGUGGAAGGGCUGGUCUUACAUCCACAUCACAUGGGAGAGCAUGGACUCUCUGACACAGCAAAAGGUCAAGGGACUCAAGAAACUGGACAAUUUCAAAAAGAAGAAUGACGAGCUCAAUUCAUGGUUGAGGAGGGCGUCCCCUGAGGAUGUUGAAUUUCAUAACUGCCAACAGGAGCUCACUGUUGACUUGAACAAGCAGUUCCAGAUUGUGGAGCGUAUCAUCGCAACAAAAACAGGAAAGACACCAGGAUCCUCUGACUUCCCCUCUCAUAGUCACAAGACACCAUCCUCCAAUGAGCCUGAGUAUCUAUGCAAGUGGAUGGGCUUACCUUAUUCAGAAUGCAGCUGGGAAGAUGGGGCGCUGGUUAGAAAGAAGUUUCAGCACUGCAUAGACAGCUUCACAAACCGGAACUCCAGCAAAACCGUCCCCUCUAAAGACUGCAAGGUGUUAAAGCAAAGGCCAAGAUUUGUUCCGCUGAAGAAACAACCAUCAUAUAUUGGAGAUGAGACCCUACAGCUGAGAGAUUAUCAGCUGGCUGGGUUGAACUGGUUGGCUCACUCGUGGUGCAGGUGCAAUAGUGUUAUCCUCGCUGAUGAAAUGGGACUGGGAAAGACCAUCCAGACCAUCUCCUUCCUGUCUUACCUGUUCCAUCAGCAUCAACUCUAUGGACCCUUCUUACUGGUGGUGCCUCUGUCCACACUCACUUCCUGGCAGAGGGAGUUUGACACCUGGGCGCCAAAUAUGAAUGUAGUGGUCUACCUCGGUGACGUCAUGAGCAGGAAAACAAUCCGUGACUACGAGUGGGUGAACCAUCAAACGAAAAGAAUCCGUUUUAAUGCACUAUUAACCACUUAUGAAAUUCUACUUAAAGACAAGGGGGUGCUUGGGAACAUCAACUGGGCAUUCCUGGGUGUUGAUGAGGCUCACAGGUUGAAGAAUGACGACUCCCUGCUGUAUAAAACAUUAAUGGAGUUCAGGUCUAACCACAGACUCCUCAUUACUGGCACUCCACUGCAGAACUCCCUCAAAGAGCUCUGGUCACUGCUGCACUUCCUCAUGCCUGACAAGUUUGUUUCCUGGGAGGAUUUUGAAGAUGAGCAUGGGAAAGGGAGGGAGAACGGUUAUCAGAGUCUUCACAAAGUCCUUGAGCCGUUCCUUCUCCGACGUGUCAAGAAAGAUGUGGAAAAAUCCCUGCCUGCCAAGGUGGAGCAGAUCCUCCGUGUAGACAUGUCCGCACAGCAGAAACAAUUUUACAAGUGGAUUUUAACAAGGAAUUACAAAGCUCUUUCCAAAGGCUCCCGGGGCAGCUCCGCUGGCUUCCUGAACAUUGUUAUGGAGCUUAAAAAGUGCUGCAAUCAUAGUUUCCUCAUUAAACAGCCUGAGGAUGGAGAGACUGAAACACCACAGGAUUACCUGCAGAGUCUCGUGCGGGGCAGCGGGAAGCUGGUGCUGAUGGACAAGCUGCUGACCAGGCUCAGAGAAAGAGGCAACAGAGUCCUGAUCUUCUCCCAGAUGGUCAGGAUGUUGGACAUUCUGGCUGAAUACCUCUCCAAGAGACGCUAUCCAUUCCAGCGGUUGGACGGUUCCAUAAAGGGAGAAAUCCGAAAGCAAGCACUUGACCACUUUAAUGCAGAAGGCUCAGAGGACUUCUGCUUUCUGUUGUCCACAAGAGCUGGAGGUUUAGGGAUAAACUUGGCCUCAGCAGAUACUGUAGUCAUCUUUGACUCUGACUGGAACCCUCAAAAUGAUCUGCAGGCACAAGCCAGAGCUCACAGGAUCGGCCAAAAGAAACAGGUGAAUAUAUAUCGACUGGUCACCAAAGGAACAGUGGAGGAAGACAUCAUUGAGAGGGCAAAGAAGAAGAUGGUUUUGGACCAUCUUGUCAUUCAGAGAAUGGACACCACCGGUCGAACUGUGUUAGACAGCAACUCAGGAAACACAAAUUCAAACCCGUUUAACAAAGAAGAACUGACAGCUAUCCUCAAGUUUGGUGCAGAAGAGCUCUUUAAAGAGGCAGAAGGAGAGGAGUCUGAACCACAGGAGAUGGACAUCGAUGAGAUCCUGAGGUUGGCUGAAACAAGAGAAAGUGACCAGGGCUCAAGUGCCACAGAUGAACUUCUAUCUCAGUUUAAGGUGGCUAAUUUCUCUACCAUGGAAGAAAGCACUCCAGAUUUUGAGGAGAAGCCCAUACGGGACUGGGAUGAUAUCAUCCCCGAGGAGCAGCGACGCAAAAUUGAGGAGGAGGAGAAGCAGCGGGAAAUGGACAUCUUCAUGCUGCCCAGAAGCAGGAGCUCAAACAAGCGGGCUCAGGCCAACGACAGUGACAGUGAUGUGGGCUCCAAGCUGAAGCACCGCUCAUCAGGCUCUGAGAGCGAGACUGACGACAGUGACGAUGACAAGAAGCCAAAGAAGAGAGGCAGACCUCGAGCCCGCAAAAACAACGUGGAGGGUUUCACUGAUGCAGAGAUCCGCAGGUUCAUUAAGGCAUACAAGAAAUUUGGAUCUCCACUUGAAAGGUUAGAAGCCAUUGCCCGAGACUCUGAGCUGGUGGACAAGUCAAUAGCAGACCUGAAGAGACUUGGUGAACUGAUACACACUAGCUGUGUAGCUGCAGUGCAGGAGCACGAGGAACACCUAAAAGAGAACCCAGUUGAAGCCAAAGGUCCUGGGAAACGGCGAGGAAUUAACAUCAAGAUCUCAGGAGUGCAAGUCAACGCCAAGUCCAUCAUACAGCACGAGGAAGAGUUUGAGCCUCUGCACAAAGUCGUGCCCUCCAACCCUGCAGAGAGGGAUAAGUUUAAGCUGACAUGCAGGGUCAAGGUAGCCCACUUUGAUGUUGACUGGGAUCUGCAGGAUGACAUUCAGCUUUUACUUGGCAUCUAUGAACACGGCUUCAGCAACUGGGAUCUGAUCAAGACGGAUCCUGACCUUAAGCUGGCUGAAAAGAUUCUGCCAGACGAUCCAAGCAAGAAGCCUCAAGCUAAGCAGUUGCAGGCGAGAGCUGAGUAUCUUCUCAAGCUGCUGAAAAAAGAACAAGACAGCACAGACUUGUCCAAAACAGGAGAGGAGGUCAAAGUGAGAAAGAGAAAGCCUCGGGUGAAAAAGGACAAGAUUCUCAAGGAUGAUCAGGGCAAUGACAUCUCCUCCCCCCGCCUGUCGGACAACCCCUCUGAGGAGGGCGAGGUCAAGGAUGAUGGAACAGAGAAGUCCCCUGCCAAAAAGAGACAAAAGAAAAAGGAUAACAAAGAGAACAAAGAAAAACAGGGAACUCCGAAAAAAGAGAAGGAAGGGGACAAAGAAAAGAAGGGUACCAAGCCCAGAAAAGAAAAGCCUAAAGGAGCCAAAGGGAAGAAGACUCAAGGCCCAGUUCACAUUACAGCUGGGUCCGAACCUGUUCCCAUCGAAGGAAAGGAGGAUGAUGAACUAGACCAGGAGACAUUCAGUAUUUGUAAGGAGCGCAUGAGGCCAGUAAAAAAGGCCCUGAAGCAGCUGGAUAAACCAGACGAAGGCCUGUCUGACCAGGAGCAGCUCCAGCACACACGCACAUGCCUACUGAAGAUUGGAGACCGGAUCACAGAGUGCCUUAAAGCCUACAGCGACCCCGAACAUGUCAAAACAUGGCGACGAAACCUCUGGAUUUUUGUGUCUAAGUUUACAGAGUUUGGUGCGAGGAAGCUUCACAAGCUUUACAAAAUGGCACAGAAGAAACGAUCACAUGAGGAAGAGAAGGAGCAUAAGAAGAAGGAGGACCCUGCAGGGAGAGGAAAACCUUUCAGACCAGAGCCCUCUGGUUCCAGUCGAGACUCCACAGGGACUCAGCCAUCCUCUAAAUCUGCAUCUCACUCGACUCAGUCGGGACCCCACGGACACCACAGAGAACCCUACAACGUGGCUAACAAACGGCACUUUGGCAAUGAUGAUAGGGGAGACUGGCAGAGGGAUCGUAAAUACAGUUACCCUGGUAACAGCAACAUGUCAUGGCAGGGAGACAGGCAUCAUCAGUACGACCAGCAUCGCUACAAGGAUCACUACGGUGAUCGACGUCCACACGGAGACUCCUAUCGCAGCUCAGGCAGUUACCGCAACAACAGCUCCCCUCGAAAAAGGCCAUACGAUCAGUACAGCAAUGACCGGGACCACAGGGGUCACCGACCCUAUUACGACAGGCAUCCAGACCCCAAAAGAAGACGUCCUGAUGAAUUCCGUCCCAACUACCACCAGGGAAGAGAAGGCCCUCUUCAGGACUUCAGGAGGAUGCCAGAGCACAGGCCAGCAGGCCCACCAGGGCCAGAGCACUACAGCAGGCCCUUCCAUCCCGACAAACCUUCUCCUCUGUUGGACCCUCGUUCCCCACCGGCUCAGAAGUCUCCCCAGGACUCCCGCUCACCACUGGAGCGGCCUGCAGAGCCGAACGCCGCCGCAGACCCAAACUGGAACAACAGGAAAACAUAAAGUCUGCCAGGGCUGGCUAAGAAACUGAUCUGGGUGUUUUGUCCAGGGUCAAAGCCACAUGCUGCUGAUGGACAAGUCUGGACUCGCCAAUCAUAAGCUCACAGUUGGAAAGGGAAUCAACAUGUACCCUCUUUUCCAGCAAAACCAAACUAUUUUGCUCCUUUUUUUUCCCCCCACAGUGACUGACUGUGAAUGAUUUGUGCCCUGAAGGAAGAAGUUUGUUUCCUCCUGUCAUCUUUAUGAUGAAAAAAACUAAAACGAGCAUCUUUAUUUAAAUGAAUUGACUCGAUCAGUCAAUCAUGAUAAGACUAAGUGGAAUGCUUAUGGAUUCUUAGUCCCAUGGACUAUUAUCUAAGGAAGAUUUAGGAUACAUGAACUGAUGAUGACUGAUCUCAAUCCUAAAAGUGCCUGAAGGUUUUGGCCUUUCUUGAAUGGUAAAUGUAUGGGAUUAUUCCCAAAGGAACCAUGACAUGGACAUUAUGUUUUGUGUUUAGCUUUAAGUCAUGCAAAUGAUGUCAUUAGAAGAUUUCAAUACAAAAGAAUGUGUAAUGUGUUAUCAUCUGCACCUUCAAAAUGUUCAUCUUGAACAUGUAGCUGAACCGAAUCAUGGAGCAUCACCAUGUGGGUUAAAAUGGUGGCACAAUGGGACGGCCCAAGCCUAAAUUUGAAUGAUUUAUCAAGCCAGUAAGUUCCCUCUUCAUACGUAACAGAAGUUUAAAAAGGUUUUAACAAAUUCAUAUUUCUCAUGUGUACAGAUAAUCAUUAUUUCUGUAAUUGUGUAGCUAUAAAAAUCAUUGCAAAUCCUCUUGCUUUGUUCACUAUAACCACUUUCCUAUUAGUAGACCCAAUGAAAUGGAAGCUUUGUAAAGCAGUAUUUAUUGCAACAUGUGCAAAGGCUCAUAACACUAUGACUUAGAACAAUCCUUUAUUUUUGCCUUUCAGUAUUAUGUUGGUUAAAAACGGUACUUCAGUGUAGAUUAAUUCACCCAUUUUCCACCUAUAACUACUCAAUUAUCUCUGAAUACUACAUGAUUAAAACAUUUCUUUCCUAAUGUAUGGUUUGGCAAUAUUUUUCAUAUUGACAGACAGUCGUGCUGUUGCUGGUAGGUUCUUAAAAAGGUUGUCUGGAAAUUGCUGAAGACAUUGCAUUAUGUUUAUUACCUUUUGUCACUCUUCCUGUGCCAAAUCUGGCCCUGCUCUGGCCCUCAUUUGUUUGUUAUGCCUCUCCAUUUGUGCCUUAUUUAUGUGUGUAUUAUCAUACUGUAUAUUGGUUCAUGGACAGUACUGGGGCAAGCAGGAUGUAGUAUUAAACAGUCACAUUUUAAGGAAAUUGCUCUGAAUGACUGAAGGGUGAAGGGACCAUGUAUCUUGGUAAUCGUUGUGCGGUUCUGUGUUUUCCGACAGAGUUAAUGAUUUGAGGGAAAAUAUAAAUAUAAAGAAAUCUUGUGUGUUUUGUCCAGGGCACUUAGCCAAACCUGUUACAGUGAACAGCCAGCACCUCUUUCUUCCACAUCAAGCAAGCUACAGUUCCUGUAUCAUAUGUUCUUUAAGAAAGUCUAAAUAAUUUAUAUUUGUGACAAAACCACUCUUCAUGAGAAAUGUGCUGUACAUAUGUUUGGACAUAUGUAAUAAACUUUGUUACACAAUG